AUGACAACGUCUGACGCAAAUGGAACUGGAAACAAGCAAUGUGAAUAUGCAGAACCCUUGGUUAAAGCGGACUUGACUCCAGUGAAAAUGUUGCUACAGUCAAUGUCGUUUUCGUAUACUGGACAUGUUUUUAUUAUUCCUUUACUUUUAACAUAUUUACCUCAUCUUUUUCGCCCUAUUUUCUAUCCCCAUCCUUACUCAUCCUUUCCAUUUACCCUCCAUCCUUACUCAUCCAUUCUAUUUACCCUCCAUCCUUACUCUUCCUUUCCAUUUACCCUCCAUCCUUACUCAUCCAUUCCAUUUACCCUCCAUCCUUACUCAUCCAUUCUAUUUACCCUCCAUCCUUACUCUUCCUUUCCAUUUACCCUCCAUCCUUACUCUUCCUUUCCAUUUAUUCUCCAUCUUUACUCUUCCUUUCCAUUUAUUCUCCAUCUUUACUCUUCCUUUCCAUUUAUUCUCCAUCUUUACUCUUCCUUUCCAGUUACCCUCCAUCCUUACUCUUCCUUUCCAUUUACUCUCCAUCCUUACUCUUCCUUUCCAUUUACUCUCCAUCCUUACUCUUCCUUUCCAUUUACCCUCCAUCCUUACUCCUUUUUAUUUACCCUAUGUUUUUUUUCUUUCUUUCUCUUUCUUUUUCUUUUUCCUUUUUUUCUUUCAUUUCUUUGUUCUUUUCUCUUUUCCCUUUCAUUCUUUUCUCUUUUUUUUUCUUUUGUUCUUUUCCAUAUCGUUCUUUCUUUCACUUUCUUUUUUUUCACACUAAAUUUUUAUCUUUCUUUUCGGGCACCUUGUUUUGGUGUUCUUUGCUCUUCUGACAAUCAUUCACCAUCUUGUCUCUUCUCCCUGUAUUCACCUCUUCUGGGCCCAAAUCUCCUUAAUGCUCAGAAGAACACAACCAUUGUUUGA